AUGUCUGGAAAAGGAAAAGUUCACGGAGGUAAAGGCAAAUCAGCAGAAAGUAGCAAAGCUACUAGUUCCCAUUCGGCUAGAGCUGGAUUGCAGUUUCCAGUUGGUAGAAUUAAGAGAUACUUGAAGAGAAAUGCUCAGAACAAAAUCAGAAUCGGUUCCAAGUCGGCAAUCUACUUGACAGCAGUAUUGGAAUAUUUGACUGCUGAGGUAUUGGAAUUGGCAGGAAAUGCUGCUAAGGACUUGAAGGUCAAGAGAAUCACACCUAGACACUUGCAGUUGGCUAUCAGAGGAGAUGAGGAGUUGGACAAUUUGAUUAAAGCCACCAUUGCAUAUGGUGGUGUUUUGCCACAUAUCAAUAAGGCCUUGUUAUUGAAGGUGGAGAGAAAGAAGGGCCAAAAAUAG